AUGAAUACUACGGACUUAUCACCAAGGUCAAUAGGUAUUAAACAUAAUGAACUUGAACAAAUUAGUCAUUAUACCUAUGCUAUUCUAUUUCCAAUUAUAUUUCUUUUUGGUCUUAUUGGUAAUUUAUUUUCAUCAAUUAUUUUUUCUAUAACAAAACUUAGUUAUACUUCAUGUGGAAUUUAUUUUCUUUUACUUGCUAUUUUUGAUUCAACAGCAUUAAUUGGUGGUUUACAUCAUUGUUUAACAAUUGGUUAUCAUGUUCAAGUACGUAAUGCUAAUUAUUGUCGUGUAAGAAAUUUCUUUUUAUAUAUGUCAAUGGAUAUGGCUUCAUGGAUGGUUGUAGCUAUAUCAGUUGAUCGUUAUCUUAAAGUUAAAUUUCCAAUAAAAGCACGAAUGUAUGCAACAAGAAAAUUAGCAAUUAUUAUAUCAUGUGUUAUCAUAUUUAUUUUUAUUCUAAAAAAUUUUCAUUUAUUAACAGUUUUUAUUGGUGAUUUUACAGAUGAUGCAGCAGAUCAUUGUGAUCCAAAUCCUAAUCAUCCGAAUUAUAUGUUUUUCUUUAAAAAUAUUUGGCCAUGGAUUGAUUUAGCAACAUAUGCAUUAUUACCUUUUAUUAUUGUUACAAUAUGUAAUAUAUUAAUAAUUCAUGAUCAAUAUAAAAGACGUUUAAAAUUACGUAAACGUAAUCUUGAUCGAUCAUUAAUAACAUUACUUUUAGUUUGUUCAAUUUCAUUAAUUGUUUGUAAUCUUCCAAUAACAAUUCUAGCUGUUAUAUAUCCUUAUAUUUCAUUAUCAUAUGAUACAAAUGAACUAUAUGAUAAUGUUGCAUUUGCAUUUGAUAUUCUUCGAUUACCAUCAUAUAUAUCAUUAGCUUUAAAUUUUUAUUUAUAUUAUUAUAAUUCAACUUUAUUUCGACAACAAACAGUUUUUCUUUUUCGACGAAUAUUUCGUUUACAACCAAAAAUUCUUGAUGUUGAACUUCCAAAUCGAAUAUAUACUAUUCAAGAUCGAUAUACAAAUAGACUUGAUUCAUUCGAUGAAGUAGAUGACGAUCGAUCAUCACCGGCACCGUCAAUAACAGGCAGUAGUUUUAUUCCGAAUUUUUAUAAACAAUGA